UUUUCCCUAACUUCCCUUCCAAGUAAUGCAUGCCUUGGGACUACAAAAACUUUAUAUAAAGAAGCUUCCUCCCAUUUAUCCCACUUUUCUUCAUGCUUCUUUUUUUCUCUUGCACCUUACCAUUUCAUUUUAUAUCAUCCCAAGUACUUAAUUCAUCUUUCCUCUUGCUAUUUCAAAGGAAUUAAAUUAUUGAAGUCUCAACAAAAUGGUGAACAUGAGGAAAAUAGGCUCGCGAACAAAAAAGGUCUUCUCAUGCUUUGUUUCAAGACCAAAUGAUGUUCAAGUCACAACAAUGGUGGAUGUUAGAGAAGAAUAUGCAAAUGCUUUUAGAACCGAGUCAUAUAAUGAGUUUUGGGCUCGAGUCAUGACACUAACACGAAAAAAUUCAGCCUCAUGGGAAUCUACUUCAACGUCUCGACUACUUUCAUAUAGGCUCUUUGUCGAGCAUCUUUUAGAUCCUGACCAACCUACCAUCACCAAAUUAUUAUCUUCUAUCGAAAAACAAUCAGAAAAUACAUCUCUUCUUUCUAGCUAUUUUGAACAAACUGCUAACGCAUCUAUUUUAUGUGGUCAAUUGUUAAAAAACACCGACCAUUUACGUAUUAAAUAUAAAUCCCUUAGGAAAAUCUUAGAACUACUAGAAGACCCUAAACCUUGUUCUUCAUCGUCUAAUAAUUAUUCACCGAAAAUUUUGAAUCGUUUAAUCGAAAUCACUAAAUCUAUUAACCCAUUUGUACAAUCUUCUUCCUCGUUAGCAUGUUUUCAAGCCGUUAAAGCUAGUUGUUCUGAGUUGCUUAAACGGCUUGAGUCACGUCGUGAUAAGGUUCAAGCCAAGCUUAAUAUAGUUAAGAGCUUUAAAAUUGGCUCAGCCGUUUUUCUUGUGGCUUUAACAACUACAAUUACUAUAGUUGUUGUAACACAUUUUGUAGCAAUGACUAUUGCUAUUCCAAGCUUUAUUUUUGCUUAUGGUGGUUUGGCUUCGACGAAACGGCUAGCAAUGGUGUCGGCUCAGCUUGAUGCAGCAGCCAAAGGAACUUAUAUACUAAAAAGGGAUUUGGAUACAAUAAGUCGACUUGUGGCUCGGCUUGAUGAUGAACUCGAGCAUAUUCGAGCCAUGGUCGAGUUUUGGAUGGAUCGAGCUGAUGAUCACUUGCAAGCUCAAGCCGGUGAAGAAGUGGCGCGCCAACUUAAAAAGAAUGAAUCAAAUUUUAUUGAUCAACUAGAUGAAUUAGAAGAGCACCUAUAUUUAUGUUUUAUGACAAUUAAUAGGGCUAGAAAUUUAGUUGUAAAAGAAAUAUUAGACUUGCAUCCAACAUAAGAAUCAUUAAUCUUAUUAUUUUUAUUUUUAUUUAUUCUUUGUAAUUAUUUGUAAAUUUAUUCUUGCAUUAGGAUAAAAGGUAUAAUUC